AUGGAGAGGCCCGAGAAGCAACAUUUUAAGGCAGAUAUGCUAAACAAGUAUGGAACUGAUUUAACAAAAAUGGCACAAGAGGGCAAGCUGGACCAGGUAGUAGGAAGGCGAAAACAGAUCGAGCGUGUCACGCAAAUACUUUGCAAAAGAAGAAAGGAUAACCCUUGUCUUAUUGGCGAUCCUGGAGUCGGAAAAACUGUCAUUGUUGAGGGCCUGGCAGCAAGCAUUGUUGAAGGCACUGUUCCUUCAAAACUUGAGGGAAAGAAGAUUUUUGCUUUGGAUAUGGCGCGUCUAGUUGCUGGCACCAAAUUUCACGGAGAUUUUGAAGAAAGAUUAACAGGGAUUGUUGAUGAAGUUAAACAAAAUGAUGGAAAUAUAGUUCUUUUCAUUGAUGAAUUGCAUACCCUUGUUGGCAAUGGCCAGACACUAGAUGCUGCUAAUAUAAUAAAGCCAGCUCUUGCAAGAGGCGAGCUAAAGUGUAUUGGAGCCACAACAAUUGAUGAUUAUCGAAGGUACAUUGAAAAAGAUGGAGCACUCAGAAGGCGUUUUCUGCAUGUGGAUGUGCCAGAGCCAUCUAUUGAUGAGGCGGUAGAGAUACUGAAAGGAAUACAAGGAAAAUACGAAGCUCAUCAUGAUGUCAAAUACGCAGAUGAGGCUUUGGUUGCAGCAGUUCAUCUAUCAAACCAAUACAUAAGUGGUCUCUUUCUACCGGAUAAGGCCAUAGACUUGAUCGAUGAAGCUGGUGCCAGAGUUCAGCUGCGUCAAGCGCAAUCAGCUUCAAAGAAACUUGUUGUGACUGAAGAGGAUAUACAAGCUGUUGUCUCUAUGGUGACGGGAAUUCCUCUUGAAAAAGUCACCGAUAAAGAAUCUAGUCGACUCUUAAACAUGGAGGCAGAACUGCACAAGUACAUUAUAGGUCAGGAAGAAGCUGUAAAGGCAGUUAGUCAUGCUAUUCGCCGAGCACGAGUGGGCAUAAAAGAUCCCAACAAACCGAUUGCGAGCUUUUUAUUCACCGGUCCGACUGGCGUAGGGAAAACAGAACUUGCCAAGGCAUUGGCUGUUGAAUAUUUUGGUUCCAAAGAAGCGGUCGUCAGGAUUGAUAUGUCUGAAUACAUGGAAAAACAUGCUGUAUCAAAGCUUUUUGGAUCACCUCCUGGCUAUAUAGGGUAUGAUGACUGUGGUCAGUUGACUGAAGCUGUUCGUCGCAGAGCCCAUACCGUGGUUCUCUUUGAUGAGAUUGAGAAGGCUUACCAAGAUGUUCACAGGGUGUUUCUUCAGAUUUUAGAUGAUGGUACGUUGACUGAUGGUAAAGGACGUAAGGUGGACUUUAAAAACACAAUCAUUAUAAUGACUUCAAAUAUUGGUAAUAGCUUGAUUGCCCAGGAAGACGAGGAAGACGAGAUACGAUUCAACACCGUCAAGCUUAUAGUAGCUGAGGAACUGAAGAAAGAAUUCAGCCCAGAGUUCUUGAAUCGAAUAGAUGAAGUGAUCGUGUUCAGAAAAUUGAAAAAUGCACAGCUAAAAGAGAUUGCAGACUUGAUGCUUGAGGAAGUUUACGGAAGGCUAAAGGCAAAGAACAUCAUUAUACGAGUAACAGAUGGAUUAAAAAGGAAGAUAAUUGAAGAAGGGAACAACCUUAGCUAUGGAGCAAGGCCAUUGAAGAGGGCCGUUGUGAGGCUUUUGGAGGAUAGCAUUGCUGAAGGGAUCUUGAAUGGACUUGUAGGGGAGGGACGUUCUGUCAUUCUAGACGUUAAUUCAAACGGAAAUGUUAUCAUGCUACACUGUGAUGUAGCCGUAGGAACCAAAGAUUACGAGCAUUCUAUGAUUUAG